GGCCGCCUCCAUCAUCCUCGCGCGGCCCCUCUCCCUCUUUUAUUUGCUUAUAAACCUGUUACAAUAAAUGAUCAUGCGAGCGGCGUCACGCGCACCUUUAACGGCGGAGCCGCGAGCCACUUUUUGAUGAAUGACAUCUCGGACCGGAGAGGAUGCACGGGUCAUUUUGAGCAGUUACUCGUCGCCCGCACUGGCAUUCUUCUCUCUCUCACUCUCACUCUCUCUCUAACUGUCUCUCUUUCUCACUGUCUCUCUCUCUCUCUCUUCCGUUCUUUUUUUCUUUCUAUCUCUCUUUUUUGCUAGUUUCGUUCCGCUCAUAAAGGUGUUAUAUUAUUUCGAGGCAGUAGCAGAGCUGAAUGUGGAUUAGCUCCGCCGCCGCUCGCCGGACUUCGCCUGCUUUCUCCUGCGCCACGUCUCCAUGGAGAGGAUAAGAAAAGAGAUGAUUCUGAUGGAGAGGGGACUGCACAGUCCCGUUGCAGCCAAGCGCCUCUCCAACCUGUCGGACUCGAGCGGCGGCGGCGCGGUGCUCGAGGCCCUGGAGAACUCCGCGCACGCGGGCCGCCUGAGCCCCAGACUGCCCGCGGCCUCGCUGCACGGCGCCCUGGGCGACAUGCCCGCCAAAGGCAAGUUCGAGAUCGACAGCCUGUUCGGGAACCACCACGCAAGCGACAACAGCGCAUCGGUCGACAUCUCGAGCUCGGACGGCAGGAAGAAAGUGAGCCUGUACCCGGAGGUGUCCACCGACUCCGAGAUGAACAGCGACGUGGAAGUGGGGUGUCCGGCUCACCGCUCACCGGGCAGCGCGAGCCAGCACAAGGAAAACAACAACAAAGGUUUCUCCGACAAUAACUCAGGCAGCUCCAACUCGAGCUCCUCGUCUGUCUCCAACCACAACGGCAACUCCAUCGGGAGCUCCAACAACUCCAGCUCAGACCAGGUGCGCAGGUACCGCACCGCUUUUACCAGAGAGCAGAUCGCCAGACUGGAGAAGGAGUUUUACAGGGAAAACUAUGUCUCUCGACCCAGGAGGUGUGAGCUAGCUGCAGCAUUAAACCUGCCUGAGACCACAAUAAAGGUGUGGUUCCAGAACCGGCGAAUGAAGGACAAGAGGCAGCGCCUGGCCAUGUCCUGGCCACAUCCGGCCGAUCCCAGCUUCUACACCUACAUGAUGACGCACGCGGCGGCGACCGGAAGUCUGCCCUACCCCUUUCAUUCGCACAUGCCCCUGCACUACUACCCCCACGUCGGCGUGACGGCGGCGGCGGCCGCGGCCGCAGCUUCGGGCGCCGCGUCCUCGCCUUUCGCCACCUCCAUCCGGCCCCUCGACACGUUCCGCGCGCUCUCGCACCCCUACUCGCGGCCCGAGCUGCUCUGCAGUUUCCGACACCCGGGACUCUACCAGUCGCCCGCGGGCCUCAACAGCUCGGCGGCGGCUUCGGCGGCAGCGGCGGCAGCAGCGGCAGCGGCGGCCGCGGUCAGCGCGCCCUCCGCCACGGGGCCCUGCUCGUGCCUCAGCUGCCACAGUAGUCAGGCGGCUGGGGCGCUGGGCUCGCGCGGCGCCGGCUCUGACUUCACGUGCACGGCGAGCACACAGCGCUCCGAGAGCGGAUUCCUGCCCUAUUCGGCCGCCGUGCUGAGCAAAACCGCCGUGCCCUCGCCUGACCAGAGAGAAGAAAGCGCUCUCAAUAGAUAACUUAGCACUGGACCGUUCUGAGGGGGAUGCCACUUUUUUGUUUAUGUUAAACUCGUCGAACUUGUUUAAGGUGUUCUGUUAGCAGCAUUUGCAAUUAAGGAAAUAAUAGGGACAAAAAUGCCAUUCCAAGCAAUCAGCCACUGUCUAAGCAAACAAAAGAUAAAACCACACACAGUUAAGCUCUUAAAACGGUAAUAAUCAGAAAUGACGUUUCAGGCCUGUUCAAGCAGCGCGUCAAGACAGACAGAAAGCUUCAAUACAAUAAUAGACAGUAGACUCUUUUAGUCUAUUUACUUAUUUUUUAUCGUUAUUUCUUUCUUUCCGUUCUUCAUCUGUAAGCAAAUCUUUCUCGCCAUAGCACCCACGCCGUCUGUGCUAUAAGGAGAAAAAUACAAUGCAUGUGUCUACUGAGGUAUCAGGACCAGGACAAGGAUGCCGUGCU